AUCAUCGACAUUGGCGCGGAUUCGAUCCGAUGAAACUAAAUCGAUCGAUUUGCAGCAGGCAGCUCUAAUUCUUGCCAUUGAAUUUGUAAAAGAGCUAAGAGCGGUCGACUAAAAGCGAAGAACCCUAACCAAAACCCUAGGGGUUUCUAGGGUUUUUGCUCACUGGUUCAAGAUGUCGGAUAUAAGGAAGUGGUUCAUUAAGCAGCACGACAAAGGCAACGGCAGCGCUGCGCCCAAACCCACCAAGCCCCCGGAGAAACCCUCGGCUCCUUCUGCCGUCGAGAAACCCGUUGAACGAGGUCAAGAGAGGAGGAAAACCAGCAAGUAUUUUGCGAAUUCUGACUGUUCUAAAGAACAGGCGGCUAAAGCUGUUAAAGAUGAGGUUAUGACUGAGAAAAAUACCCCAGCGAAGAGGAAGACCACACAGAAGAGUGGGGAGGAUGUGAAACCCACGCCGGUGAAAAAGAUCCGUAAGGUAGAAGAAGAUGAUGACGACUUUGAACCGCCAUCCAGCGAGAAGAAGAAGGCCGUUGAGGCUAAGCCGCCCAAGAAACCAAUUGUAAAGAAAUCUGUUGUUAUGGAUGAAAGUGAUGAUGACAAUGAAGAAGUCGAGGAGAAAGAGGUAAAGACGCCGACAAAAUCGGGUGGGAGAGGCAGAGGCGGGAGAGGAUCAGGUGCGGGUCCCGCGGCUUCUGCAGGAAGGGGAAGAGGAGGGGGGAGGGGUGGGUUCAUGAAUUUUGGGGAGAGGAAAGAUCCACCACAUAAAGGGGAGAAGGAAGUUCCGGAGGGUGCUCCUGAAUGCUUGGCUGGCCUUACAUUCGUUAUAAGCGGCACACUUGAUAGUUUGGAACGGGAGGAAGCGGAGGAUUUGAUUAAACGGCAUGGUGGGCGGGUUACUGGGUCUGUCAGCAAGAAAACUAAUUUUCUUUUAGCUGACGAAGAUAUUGGUGGAAAGAAAUCAGCCAAAGCCAAGGAACUGGGUACCAAGUUUUUAACUGAAGAUGAAUUGUUUGACAUGAUUCGAAAAUCAAAGCCUGCAAAAGCUCCAGUAAAAGAAGACCUAACAAAGAAACAUGAAGAGAAGGCAAACAAGUCUCAUAUGAAGAGCAGUCCUAUGAAGGUAAAAGUCGAAGAUGAUCAACCUGGCACUGCAAGAAAAACUCCAGUGAAAAGUGCGCCAUCCAAUGUUUCUCUUAGCAAGAGAAAAGCACAAAUUGGUGAAGGUAGUUCAUUGACUUGGACUGAGAAAUACCGACCAAAGGUUCCAAACGACUUAAUUGGCAACCCGUCUAUUGUUAAACAACUACAUGAUUGGCUGGCACACUGGCAUGAACAUUUUUUGCAUAAUGGCCAGAAAGGAAAGGGCAAAAGACAAAAUGACAGUGGAUUGAAAAAAGCUGUUCUGCUAAGUGGAACGCCUGGGAUUGGUAAAAGCACAUCAGCAAAAUUGAUUAGCCAAAUGCUAGGAUUCGAGGCAAUCGAGGUUAAUGCAAGUGAUAGUCGAGGAAAGGCUGAUAACAAAAUUUUUAAAGGAGUUAGUGGAAGCACUUCAAAUUCAAUUAAAGAGCUCAUUAGCAAUGAAAUCUUGAGUAGCAGCAAAAAAUGGUCUGAGCAUAAAAAAACUGUAUUGAUUAUGGAUGAGGUAGAUGGGAUGUCUGCAGGAGAUAGGGGCGGAGUUGCAGAUCUUAUUUCUAGCAUAAAAGUUUCUAAGGUUCCUAUCAUUUGCAUCUGUAAUGAUCGCUAUAGUCAGAAGCUCAAGAGUCUUGUUAGCUACUGUUUACCACUCAAUUUCAGGAAGCCUACUAAGCAACAGAUGGCAAAGAGGCUGAUGCAAAUUGCAACUGCAGAAGGUCUUCAAGUUAAUAAUAUUACGCUUGAAGAACUUGCAGAUAGAGUUAAUGGUGAUAUGCGAAUGGCAAUAAAUCAGUUGCAUUACAUGAGCCUUUCACACUCAAUCAUUAACUAUGAUGACAUAAGAGCACGCCUUCUAAGCAGUGCAAAAGAUGAAGAUAUUUCACCUUUUGCAGCAGUUGACAAGUUGUUUGGAUUCAAUGGAGGAAAGUUACGAAUGGAUGAGAGGAUUGAUUUGAGCAUGAGUGAUCCUGACCUGGUUCCGCUUAUUAUUCAGGAAAACUAUAUCAAUUAUCGACCAGUUUCUGCUGGGAAGGAUGAAAAUGGUGUGAAGAGGUUGAAUUUGCUUGCUCAGACUGCGGAGUCUAUUGCAGAUGGAGACAUAGUCAACGUGCAGAUCCGAAGAUAUAGGCAGUGGCAGUUAUCCCAAGCGGGUUCACUUGCUUCUUGUAUUAUUCCGGCUGCGUUGAUGCAUGGCAACAGGGAGAUGCUUGAGCAGGGAGGGCCUAAUUAUAACAGAUUUGGUGGAUGGUUAGGAAAGAAUUCAACAAUGGGAAAGAAUUUGAGGCUGUUGGAGGAUGCCCAUGUACAUAUCCUUGCUUCCCAAGCAUCUAACAUUGACAGGGUGACUUUGCGGAUUGACUACUUCACUCUUCUGCUAAAACAACUGACAGAGCCUCUUAGAGUAAUGCCUAAGGAUACUGCUGUUCAGAAGGUUGUGGAGUUCAUGAAUGCCUAUUCUUUAAGUCAAGAGGACUUUGAUACAAUUAUGGAGCUAUCCAAGUUCAAGACACAUCCGAACCCAUUGGAAGGCAUUCAACCUACACUUAAAGCAGCAUUGACUAGGGAAUACAAGGAAGCUAGCAAAACUCGUGUCGUAAGGGCUCCGGAUUUGAUCAAUCUCCCGGGUAUCAAGAAGGCUCCCAAAAAGAGGAUCGCUGCAAUUUUGGAGCCAGUGGAUGCAGUUGACAGUGGUUUGCCAGAAGAAAAUGGAAAUGGUUUGGUUGAAAGUGAUGAAGAGAAUUCUUCUGAGGCUGAUGAGAUCUCUGGGGAGGCAGAGCCAAAGCUGGACCUCCAGAGUGAUAAAUCAAAAGGGAUCCAAGUGCAGCUUGAUUUAAAAACGGAUGGGAAAUCAAAGGCCAAAAAGGCGCCUGCAAAUAAAUCGAGAGCAUCAGGUUCAUCUGAGAAAGGUGGUCAGAGUUCAGGGAGGGGAGGGAAGAGGAAGAGGUAAAGUUAUUGCUUCGGCCUUUUGCCUGACUGAUGAAGCAGCCGCAACUUUUGUGUAUAGCAAAUGUUAAGGAUCACGUUACUCGAUCUCCUUUUUUUUUAUUUUAGCUUGGUGCUAUGCUUUUAAUUGUUAACUGUUUGGGAGAAAUUGAAGCCGAGGGUUUGUGUUUUCAAGAGCAACUCCCUGUUAUGUUUGAGAAUUUGCUGCGCUAUAAAAAAUUUGCUGUUUAAUCUA